CGAGGACGACCCGGAGAGAGAAGGCCAACACCGGAUAGGAAUAAGUUAUUGUACAAAAGUGUGAGGUUUUACGUUCUUCGGCAAAUUUAAACAUCUUUUGAUACACUUACAAUGGCAGCUAAAAUAAAUCAAUCUGAUCGUAAACCUAAGGCCAAAUCUACUGAUCUCAAAAAUAUUUGGAAACGGGCCAUUACUCAAAACUCAGAAUGGGCUGAAAAGGAUGAUUUCUUGGAUGUUAUUUACUGGUCCCGCCAAAUUAUAGGUAUAUUAAUUGGGGUAGUAAUGGGAUUAUUCCCUUUGAAAGGAUUCAUUGCAUUGGCUUUGUUUGCAUUGAUAAAUUGUGCUAUUGUAUACUUGUAUAGUACAAGUUUCCAAUCAAUUGACGAAGAAGCAUAUGGAGGAAUAUGGGAAAUCAUCAAAGAAGGAUUCAUGACCUCGUUUGCUUGCUUCCUUGUAACGUGGAUUAUCUUUUAUACAGGAGUACAUUUUGAUCAUCUAUCUACUGAAACGAUUCACUAAUUAGGGCCCAUGCAUUAACUAUGUCACGCUAAAUCGAGCAAAAAACUGGUUGCUGUUUACUCUGACGAAAAAUAAAUCACAAACAGUGCUGCUUGUUCGCAACAUU